GCUGCCUCUCCAGCUCAAUUCCUCCCCGAAUUGGCCACCCGAGCGGCGCCCUUGCCCCAGUCGCUGUCUGUACAUUCACCUCGCGCCGGCCAUUGGCUCCAGACCCGUGCCCUCGCUUGCUCCGCUGCCGCCGUUGCAUCUUGCAGGGCAUCCAUCCGCAUGCUGCGUCUGUCACGACUCCAACACCGCCCACUGCACCUCCAUCGCUACCCCGGAUGGCAGUGCUGUUACGCCCACAUCCCUAAUCGUCGUCUCCAAAGGCUCGCUCAUCCACCACGCGCACCGCCACGGACGGACCCGUCUUCGUCUCAAACGCAACCGCAGCUCCUGGAGACCCGCGCCGCGAUCAAGAUCAACCAUCACCCGCAAUUCACUCCCUGUAGCUUGACUACUACCGUGGACAGGCCUGCGCGCUCUCCGCUGGCCCGCUGAGCAGCCGAGUUGAGAUCGUUGCCUGUCUGAUGGCUGUGGUUUCCCCCCACCAGCCCCAAACACUCACUCCUCCGAGCAGCUCGCAUGGUGGGCGUGGGCAAUGGGAUUUUGCCGUGCCUCUAAGCAGCGAGCCUGAGAACUCCGCAGUCUCUGACCCAAAGCCUUUCAUGUCCGAAAACGCCGGUGCGAAACCUUUAGCCCAAUCCUCCCGCCAACCCCUCACCAAUGGCACAUCCAAGCCCCCUUUCCAACAGCGCACAAACACCUUCGAUUCGCAACGCUCGUCCAGGUCAAACCACGUCGAGGAACCGGAGCACCUCGUGCCGAGCAGAGUUGGGCUACUGCAACGAAAGACCAGCGACAUUAGUGCUACAAGUGACGCAGACAGCCUGCUAGACUAUUACAAGCAGCCCCAAAGUAGAACCAUGAGCAGAAACCCUUCGCAAAGUGUGGGGAAUGGAGACAAGAGGAAGCCCAGCUUAGGCGCAUCGGCCGAUCUGGAGAAGGACGCCUCGUACUGGAUUCACCGAGACAAACUGGCACAGAUUGAAAGAAUCGAGCUAGAGGCAGCGGGAUAUCGUGUUGGACGUGCGAGCCGGUCUGGCAGCAGAUCAGCUAGCAUGACUAGACCAGCGCGAGAACGCAGUUCGUCAGACCAGCACCGCGAGACACAAGGUAAUGGAGACGACCGGCCCAACAACCAUCAGGAGAAGAAGCAACGAACUGUAUCGCCUAUUCCGGCAGAAGAGGAGGAUGUGGAUGAAGGACCAAUGACCUGGGAUAUCCGUACUCCUGAAGAAAUUGCGGCCGAGCAAGAGAAGGAGAAUAUGACACCACGACACACACUACGUCCGAGCAAUUCUCGAAUACCGGUUGCUAAGACGAGCCCUGUUCCCGUACCCUUCACGUUUGUCGAACGAGACUCGCCACUGCCCCGAAGCCGAAAGGGAAGCAAUGCGUGGAGUGGAGAUGCGAUUGCUGUCAACGGCGCGCGGGCUAGAAGCGGGAGCAUUGGAUCACAGGUUUUGCUAGACGACGUGGACAACGCCGAGGAUGUUCGUACGCCUGUACGCCCAGAAGCCAACUAUUCUGCAUCGCCCGCCGAAUCCCCACCAAAAGCAAAGGUACCCGGAAAGAACAAUCCCACAUCAGGGAACCGUAAGACUAGUGCAGCCCGGGGCACUUCCCAAAAACCACGGACUGCAUCCACUACCACUUCACCGGUAAAGCGUCCUGGAACUAGCUCAGGGGCUUCCAGACCGGCAACGAGUCAUAACAGACCUGAAGGAGACGCGCCUUGGCUUGCGACCAUGUACAAACCGGAUCCCAGAUUACCUCCCGACCAACAGAUAAUUCCAACACACGCCAAGCGAAUGCAGCAAGAGCAGUGGGAGACUGAAGGACGUGUUGGAUCGAUGUACGACCGGGAGUUCAAAAUGCUAAACACGGAAGAGUUCAACAAACCCGAGAGAUAUUCAAAGGAACUUCAACCUUUCGAGAAGAAGGAAGAUGACAACGAACAGUGGCCUCUUCCAAGUCCAACGAAGGUUGACGCUGCUAACGGCAGACCUGGUACUAGCAACGGAGAGCAAGGAAAUUACAAACUCACACCCCGGAUAGCGAGCCCCCAACUCCACUCCCAGCGGAACUCGUCGGACGGAGAAGAGCCCACCUCCCCAAUCGCCGAAGAGACCGCCGAGGUCGAAGUCAGCGCCGAUGCCUCUGCCGGCAAGGGCCAGAUGUCGGUGCUCGAAGCGCUCAAGGGCGUGCUGAAGCUCGCGCUGAUCCACGACGGGCUGGCGCGCGGCCUGCGCGAAGCGUCCAAGGCGCUGGACCGGCGCCAGGCGCACAUGUGCGUGCUCAACGAGGCGUGCGAGGAGGAGGCGUACAAGAAGCUGGUCGUGGCACUGUGCUCGGAGCACAAGAUUCCGCUGAUCAAGGUGCCGGAUGGGAAGCAGUUGGGCGAGUGGGCGGGGUUGUGCCAGAUCGAUCGUGAGGGUAACGCCCGCAAGGUCGUCAACUGCUCGUGCGUUGUCGUCAAGGACUGGGGUGAAGAGUCCCAGGAGCGCAGCAUCCUCCUCAACUACUUCCAGACCGAGCAAUAGAUGCAACUCAGCUCGCGUACCUCGAUUACCAACUCUUCAGUGUGUUUCCGGCCUCCGACUGUUUCUACGAUGGCCGAAUUGAGGAUGGACUGGCUGGGGGAAGGAAGUGGAGCCAAGAGGGAAGAAGCGUGAACAAGGGAACAUUUCGGAAUGGAUGCAUAGACCUGGCUUUAUCUAAACGAUCUAGCCACAACAAAAGCCAAUCAACAUCUUAACCUCACUGGCGUCUUCAAUCGUGUGCACUCACAGGAAGUGGAAUGGGUAGAAAGUUACCUUCCAAGACCUAUACCGUUUAAUACGCGAUAAUGCUACGUGAACCUACUCUAAACCAAAAACAUCGUCCCCCUUGUUCUCCGGCCACCCUUUCAAAGGACCGCUCUCCCCCUUGACAUCCGCUUUCACAGUUCUCCGCCAUUCCAGCAAGUCUAGCUUCUUCACAUCCUGAUAUCGCACUUCCCUCCCCACUCCU